UUCCGGAGCCCACAGGCAAGAUGGCGGCGCCCGAGGAGCACGAUUCGUCGACCGAAGCGCUUCAGCCGGCGGUGGAGGAGGAGGAGGAAACGAAGACAUUUAAAGACUUGGGUGUGACAGAUGUAUUGUGUGAAGCUUGUGACCAGCUGGGAUGGGCAAAGCCCACCAAGAUCCAGAUUGAAGCCAUUCCUUUGGCCUUGCAAGGUCGAGACAUCAUUGGGCUGGCUGAAACUGGCUCUGGGAAAACAGGGGCUUUUGCUUUGCCCAUUCUGAACGCACUGCUGGAGACGCCUCAGCGCUUGUUUGCCUUGGUUCUCACUCCCACUCGGGAGCUGGCCUUUCAGAUCUCAGAGCAGUUUGAAGCCCUGGGGUCCUCUAUUGGAGUGCAGUGUGCUGUGAUUGUAGGUGGAAUUGAUUCAAUGUCCCAGUCUCUUGCGUUGGCAAAAAAACCACACAUAGUAAUAGCCACUCCUGGGCGACUGAUCGAUCACUUGGAAAAUACAAAAGGCUUCAACUUAAGAGCGCUCAAAUACCUGGUCAUGGAUGAAGCGGACCGGAUAUUAAACAUGGAUUUUGAGACAGAGGUGGAUAAGAUCCUCAAAGUGAUCCCCCGAGAUCGGAAGACAUUCCUCUUCUCUGCUACCAUGACCAAAAAGGUGCAAAAACUUCAGCGUGCAGCUCUGAAGAAUCCUGUGAAGUGUGCUGUUUCCUCUAAAUACCAGACUGUUGAGAAACUUCAGCAGUACUAUCUUUUCAUCCCCUCUAAAUUCAAGGAUACCUACCUGGUUUAUAUUCUAAAUGAAUUGGCUGGAAACUCCUUUAUGAUCUUCUGUAGCACCUGUAACAAUACUCAGAGAACAGCUUUGCUGCUCCGAAAUCUUGGAUUCACUGCCAUCCCCCUCCAUGGACAGAUGAGUCAGAGCAAACGCCUAGGAUCCCUUAAUAAGUUUAAGGCCAAGGCCCGAUCCAUCCUUCUAGCGACUGAUGUUGCAAGCAGAGGUUUGGACAUACCUCAUGUGGAUGUAGUUGUCAACUUCGACAUUCCAACUCACUCCAAGGAUUACAUCCAUCGAGUGGGGAGAACAGCUCGAGCCGGGCGCUCUGGAAAGGCUAUCACUUUUGUCACACAGUAUGACGUGGAACUCUUUCAGCGCAUAGAACACCUAAUUGGGAAGAAGCUGCCUGUUUUCCCAACGCAGGAUGACGAGGUUAUGAUGCUGACAGAGCGUGUGACUGAAGCCCAGAGAUUCGCCCGGAUGGAGUUAAGGGAACAUGGAGAGAAGAAGAAACGCUCACGAGAGGAUGCUGGUGAUGAUGAUGACACGGAGGGUGCUAUUGGUGUCAGGAACAAGGUGGCUGGGGGGAAAAUGAAGAAACGGAAAGGCCGUUAAUCACUUCUGUGAAGACGUGAGUUCCGCUUUCUGUCUCUGAAAGGGGAGUGGAGAAGAGAUUGGAGCCUCCAGGAGAGACCCUCAGGCCAGCCAGUCAGAAUCAUUUCUGGAAAGUGCUCCGCCAACUCAGUGCUCAUUUCCCUUUGUGAGUGCUGGAGUGUCACUGCUUCAGGAUAAAUCUUCCAGUGUGAUGGCAAGACUGCUACCGCUCUUCACCUUGAUUCCUUGCUUGUGACAAGAGGGGCAUGUACUCUUCUGUCUCUUCAUUGUGCUUUUUUCAUCUGCAAGUCAAGGACUCGAUUGAUGAAGUGCACAACCUGCGAUUAUAAAGGAAAGAGGCUUGUACAUCUGUAAGUGGUAUUUAUGCCAUCUUAGCUGUUCUUCCUUAGACCUGAUGUAAGACAAUAAAUCUAAAUACCAUUUUGAAAAGA